CUCCGCUCUUAAUUUGCGCGAUCAGUUGCCGGCUGGCGUUCGUCGCGUUGGUUACGACACUAUUCAAUUGGCGCAACAUCUGUUGCCGGAGGAGAUUCCAUUCCAAUAGCUGGUAUCGCGAUUUACGAAAUGAAGAACUGGCUCAAGAUCUCGCUGCUGCUGUGCACGUUUGGGUUUUUCCGGGAAUUUCGACCCUCAGAGCCGUACGUCACGGAGUAUCUGUCAUCCGACUACGGCAAUCUGACUACGGAGCAGAUCUAUCAGGAUGUGUACCCCUUUGGAACGUACUCGGUGCUGGCCCAGCUGGUUAUUGUAUUCCUAAUCACUGAUCUGGUGAGGUAUAAACCGGUUAUCGUGCUAUCGGCUCUGGCCGGGAUUACCCUGUUUUCGCUGCUUAUCUGGACGGAGACCGUGGGAAUGUUGCAGGUGGCACAGAUAUUUUUCGGCACCUUUACAGCCGCUGAAGUGGCAUACUACACCUAUAUGUACGCCAAGGUCAACAAGGAGCAGUAUCAGAUUGUCACGGGUCACACGAGAGCUGCCAUCCUCAGCGGAAAAUUUCUGGGUGGAUUGUUUGCCCAGGUUUUGGUGUCCACCGAUAGCAUGAACUACCGGCAGUUGCACUACCUAUCACUUACCACCCAGGUGAUCUCUUUGGCUGUGUCCCUAUUCCUACCUGGCGUUCCCCGGAGUCUCUACUUUUAUGCCUCCUCCGAUAAAAAUCUCGCUCCAGGUGGCGAAAUUACAGCACCUAAGUUCUCUUUCUCGAAUGCCUGUCGACUUUUGUGGUACCACCUCGUCUCCUCCUAUUCUAAUCCAGUGGUGCUAAAGUGGAGUCUGUGGUGGGCCCUUGCCACGUGUGGGCAAAUUCAAGUAAUCUCGUACAUCCAGUUCCUCUGGAAAGAAGUGGCACCCGAUCACCUGAGCGUAUAUAAUGGCGGAGUAGAGGCCGUAGCCACUCUGCUCGGAGCAAUUGGAGCUAUUCUUGCUGGCUUGCUGAACUCCAACAAGCGACGGGGUUCCUACAUGUUGGGCAUAUCCAUAUGUGCCGGUAUCUUGGGAGCCUUGCUUAUCUACGCCGCCAAGACACACGAAAUCUGGGUAGCCUAUGUGAACUAUGUGCUCUUCUGCGCCGUGUUCUUCUUCAUCAUCACAGUGGCAGGUGCCGUGGUGGCCGAGAAUCUUGUGGAGGACAGCUUUGGAUUGAUAUUUGGUAUUAAUACUCUAAUGGGUUUGCUGCUGCAGACCAUUUUGACUAUUGUGGUGGUGGAGAAAGUUGGACUCGCUCUGGAGCCACGAGAUCAGUACGUGGUCUAUGGUAGUUACUUUAUAGUUUUGGCUGGGAUUUACAUAAUUGGGUCUGCCUUGGGGAAAUUGUUCUGCAGAAAUAGGAAUUCAAGUGUGGGGAGUGUGGAUCAUUUAACGUAAGAUAGUAUAGGAUUUGAUACAAGUUUUAUAGCUAAAACAAAAUAUUAAAAAAAUUAUAAGAUAUUAUGUGCAUGUUUGUAAAUACAAAGUAUUAAGAAACUACAUAACAUAAAUUAAAAUGAAUGUUUAAAUACACAAAUCAAUAUGUUGAA